AUGCGUCAAAUCACGGCCGAGCCACCUCCCUUCAUCAUGGCGGACACGGAGAUCAAGGAGGCAUUUGCCCUAUUCGACAAGAAGGGAUCCGGAACGAUCGCAAGCGAGAACCUCGGUGAUCUGCUGCGUGCGCUGGGCCAGAAUCCUACGCAGGCGGAGGUCGCCCAGCUCGCGGCCGGCGCCCCGGGCGAGAUCGACUACGCGACGUUCACCAAGAUCCUGAACCGGCCCAAUGGCUUCAAGCCGGCGGGCACACCAGAGGAGUUCAUCCGCGGCUUCCAGGUGUUCGACAAGGACGGCACCGGCCAGAUCGGCGUGGGCGAGCUGCGCUACGUGCUGACGAGCCUGGGCGAGAAGCUCUCGGACGAGGAGGUCGACGAGCUGCUCAAGGGCGUGGCGGUCAGCAGGUAUGUGCUGCACACUGACCCUAGCGACGGCAGCAUCAACUACGAGACAUUUGUGCGCCAGAUCCUGUCGCAGUAG